AAAGUGGUAUUAAUUUUUAUUAUUUAUGAUGAAAGAAAAGUAAAUAGAUAAAGAUUGCUAAAUCAAAAUUAUUAAAGAUAAUUUAAUGGAAAUAAACUCUGAAGAGAUAACAAAGAUAAUUUUUUUGAUAAAGAAAUUAUAUUCUUAAUACUCGUAGAUAUAAUAUUAUGAAAAAGACAAUAAUACUAUACUAUUAAGUGCUUAUAAUUAUUCAAUUAAGUAAAAAGUCUUAUUAGAAGUUUAUAGACAAAAAUCUUAAUAAAGCUGUGAUAUUUAAAAUGAUCAAAAUACAAGUUAAUUCCAAGUGAUUUAAGAAGAUGAGUAUUUACAAACAAUAAACAAUAAAACUUUAUAACAAAAAGUAGAAAACAAAAUCUUAUUUAUAUUUAAAUAAAUUGAUCUUUAAGAAGAAGGAGAGUAAAUACAAGACUCCUAUAACUAGCAAGUUGAUCAAGUAAAAUCUUUGAGGGAGAUAAAAGGAAAAUAUGAAGAAAUAAAAAAUUUAUAGAUAGAAUCCCUUAAUGAAGCAUUUUAAACGUUUUCUUCCAAAAUAAAGCCUUGGAUUGUUAACUUUUUAUCUUUUUUAUUUGUCUUCAAACUAAAAAGAGAGUUAUCUAAAUGCUUAAAUUUAGUUAAGCUCACUAUAGAUUUGAGUCUUGAUGAGAUAGGUUCUAAGGGAGCUUCUAGUUUAUGUUAAGGUAUUUCAAGCUGUUAGAGAUUGAGAUUUUUACAUUUGAAUUUAAAAGAUAAUUUCGUAGGUCCUGAAGGAGGAAGAGGUUUAGGAUAGGCAUUAAAUAAGUUAAGAGGACUGAUAUAAUUAAAUUUAAAUUUAAAUUAUAAUCAUGUUGGGAAAAGUGGUAUUUUAGAAAUCGGUACAGCAAUCUCAAAUUAAAGGCAAUUAAUAAAGCUAUCGCUUUCUUUAGAAUGCAAUCAUAUUGAAGCAGAUGGUACAUCAAAUUUAGGAAUUUGCAUAGCAAAAUGUUAAAAGAUUACAGAUCUUUCUUUAGAGCUCAGAUGGAACCAAAUUAAUUGCUAGAGUGUCUAAAUUUUGUUUCAAGAACUAUCUCAUCUUCCUUAACUUGAAACUCUUUAUGCUGAUUUAAGUGAAAACAUUAUAUUUUCUAAUGGUUUGGAUAAUCUUAGUAGUAAUCUGAAUAAAUUCAUCAGCCUUAGAAGCCUUUCUUUAAAAAUAAAUUAAAACCCAAUAACAGCUGAAGGUAUUAUUUCUCUGAGAAAAAAUUUAAGAAAAUUAACAAAUUUAAAUAAUUUUAAAAUUGGUGUUGAUGAAGAUGAAUUUACAAUUUAUAAAUUAUGGCAUAUUGUUAAGAUUAAAAGGCUAGUUUAAUGCAACAUAAUAAGCUUCUGAAUAAAAUAAAAUUAAGAAAUAAAUAUUUAUAAAAGAAAGAAA